AUGGGAAAGGUCCAGGUACAUGAGCAUACUCUUUCGUAUCAGGCCAUUUCGCCCAAGUCUCCUUAUGGCCUGAGAUGCCUGAAGACGUUGUUCACGGAAUACGACAACGCUGAGCCCAGUCGUCUAAGUCUGAACAGUCUCCUUUCCAAAGACUUCCAGGACAACGAGAAUGGAAACGACAGGAGUGUCGGGCGCGACGAGGCUAUUGAGUCUAUUAUCUCCAGCCGAGCGAGGUGCUCUCGACAUCAGAUUGACCUAAAGUACGCAUGUUGCAUCGAGCAUUCCACCAGCAGACAGACUGUCUUCUUCGAGGCCGUCCGCUUCAUGGUGGUCAACGGCGAUUCGGACUGGAGACGCAUCCCCAUCUCAGGGAGGCUGGAGGUGAGGAUCAAGGACAAUAUGUUUUCGUUGAGAGACGCCGUGGCCGAGAUCGUCUCGAGAAGAAUGACCUCGGACACUAGUCAGUUGCUCAGGAAAGAUUUGUCGCGGACAUCGUCAACACCGCUGAGUCCAGCCGAGUCGCCAAUGUCGAUCGUCGGACGCUCUACCAGCCAGAGUGCUCUCACCGGGUCGGGGGCCACCGAACUACCAGGCAUCUCUACAACGUCAAUCGACAACAGAACGUUGCCUCCUUAUCAAAGCCCGACGGCCGGAACUCCAACCUUUGCAUCUGGCAGCUCAACCGAUGGAGAACAAACCUUGAAGCUGUGA